AUGCCCCAGGUAGAUCUGCAAGAAAGGCAAAUUAGCCAGGAAGAAACUACCACUUCAAGGGCCACGACAGAAGAAGAAUUGGCUCCAUCUACGGUGGCCGCGCUGUCUCUCUCAGGCAGCAGUUACCGAUCUCGAAGUCUUCCAUCGCCAACGUCAAUGGACAAAGAUGACUACGACGCCGAUCUGCUGCGUCGCACUGUUUCCUUCAAAGUGGAGAAGAAUAACCGACCGACUUUUAUUUCCAGGAGUCGCCUGAAAGAGUUUUUAGAACGCAACAUCAGUUUGGAGCACGUCGCGUCUUGUUGGAAAAUGGAAAGAAACGAUAUGUGGUUUGUGACCUUUCAAAAAGAUUCCGAGUCCUGUGCCGGCAACCUUCUCCUCGAGGGGGUCCGUUUCGAUUAUGGACUUACAUUUUAUAUCAAGAGUUUAGGACACCAAUCAACGGCAGUGCGCAUCUUCUGGCUACCACCUUACAUCAGAGACGAUUUCCUAGUCAAGUAUUUCAGUAAUUUUGGACGUGUUCUCCGCAUAGAGAGACUAAAUUGUUCAACAGACGGUCUACAUCACGCACAGUCCGGAGUCAUCAUUGUUCACAUUGUGUUUGCCGAUUUUAAGAGGACAGCGAUACCUGACCGCCCUCGAAUAGGUCCUUACAGGCCUCUUGUAGUUGUUCCAGGCCGACCACCCCUAUGCAUUAAAUGUGGUGACCGAGGUCACAUAAGACAGUCAUGUCCCUUAAAAGGUACGGUCGAGACACCGUUCGUUGAAUCACCACGAAUGUCCCUUGUAAAUAGGCAACAGCAACACUUAAUAGAUGACAACAGCCGCUCAGAGAGUGAUCUAGACGAAGAUGUUGCAAGCUCUUUACAGCAAUCAAUUGACACAAGUGGUGGCAGCAGCAGCAGCACUAAUAACAGUCCGUUACACCUGCCUCAUAGCCCGUACCGGGCUAAAGGCAUGUUUGACAGUUAUGGCAGUCCACUGCACCAGGCUCGAAAUCAGCACUACAGCCCUAAUAGAUCAAGUAGCAUGAGCGAUGAUCCCGAUAGCCGUACACGUAUUCCUCACAGCGGAAGUGAGAUCAACCUCUUCCGGCGUACGAUGGCUACAUUGUCGGAAACCAAAACCCAAGGACUUCAUUUUCCGAAGACAGGCAACACUCAUUGGAAACAGUAUUUUUCUUCGAGUACUAUUGCUUGGGAUGUUGGCAAUUCACCGAGGAGAAAGAAAGCAGGUCGAAUGGAACGAGGUGUUAGUUGGGACGAGGAAAUGUGUCAGUCUUUGGAUGGUGGCAUUUGGAGCAGUUCACCUCUUGAGAGCCAAGAGGAGAUUACGGAAAAAGAAGACAGGAACACAGAUAAAUGGAAAGAGGCAGCUCCCGUUUGUCGCCGACACGGUAACCGUGCUAAACGGCCAAUGAGCAAUGGUUAUUUGGCGGCAAGUUACAGCGGUUUUUCAGACAUCGACGACACAGAGACAGAACUAAUAAACAAUCGUUUAAGUAAGGUGAACUGUUACCACGAGAACCAAGAAAAAAAUGAGGAGGUGGUCAAAUUGUUAGAAGAACCGGUUGCAGAGGGCCAAACAGUUGAAUAA